AUGGCUUUCUUUCCGAUCAAAGCUAGAGUAAUUGUUCUUGUUUUGCUUGCCAUUUUGUUUCCACCAUUCAUUCAUCAAGCCAAGAAUUUGGUUGGAGCAGAUUACCAAUUGAUUCGAACUUUAUGCCACUAUUCUGAGACACCCAAAACUUGUAUGAGAUGUGUGCAAUCUGCUAAAGAUUGUGGGAAAGCUAACAGUCUUAGAAUAGCCACAAUCAUUGUCGAGUGCAUCAAUGACCGAGCAAACACGUUGGCACAAAAGAUGACAACCUUAGCUUUGGAAACAUCAGAUCAAAGCCUGAAACUCCUUUAUCAGAGAUGUGCACAAGACUACGGGCCCCAAAUUGCCAAAAAAGAGUUAAUUUCAGCUACACAAGCCUUGGAAAAUCAAAAUUAUGCCACUGCUGAAUCUAAUGUGCUUACAGCUCUGAAUUUGGACCUUACUUGCCACUUCGAUUUGAAAAGCUACCAAAAGAAAGUGCCAAGUUAUGUUUUUAAAGUUAUGAAGACAUAUGAAGAACUAUCUGAAGCUGUUUCUCGAAUAAUUGAAAAGCUAUAA